UCGAUGGGUCGGCGCACGCGCGUGGGCCGCGCGCCGGAGGGCGUCGGUGCCGGCGGCCGGCGAUCGACUGAAGGUCGCUAGACGGUGCGGCGAGCCGGCCAGCGUCGAACGGGACCACGCAGGUCGAUAGCGGAGGCAAUGCCCGAGUGUCUGAGGCUGCCCGGUGCCGAGGCGGAGAGGGGCACCAUCGUCACCACGCCCACCUCAGCCAGGAUGGAGGAGGCGUGCCAGGACCUGGUGCUAAGUCAGGCGCAGAUUCAGGAGGUCUACUCCAGCCUACUGGCUCAGAUCAACCUGGGACUGGGCCGGGUCACGAACCAGAGGGCCACCGUCAAAUGUUUCCCCACCUACGUCAAGGAACUACCCAAUGGACACGAACGUGGCCGGUUUCUCGCUCUGGACUUGGGAGGAACCAACUUCCGUGUGCUCCUAAUAGAGCUGGACGACGGCGACUUCAAGAUGGAGUCCCGGAUCUUUGCCGUACCGCAUCACAUUAUGACCGGAUCUGGGAAAGAUUUGUUUGACCACAUCGCCGAGUGUCUGUCGACGUUCGCGCACGCACAGCACAUUGAACACGAGGUGCUGCCGCUGGGCUUCACGUUUAGCUUUCCGUGCAGUCAGCACGGCCUGACCGAGGCGCGGCUGGCGCAGUGGACCAAAGGCUUCAGCUGCAGCGGAGUCGAGGGAGAGGAUGUUGUCAAACUGCUGGAGGAGGCCAUCCAAAGACGGAAUGACGUCCAGAUAAAGGUCUGUGCCGUGCUGAACGAUACAACCGGCACACUGAUGUCCUGUGCAUGGAAGAAGCACGACACAUACGUCGGCCUGAUUAUUGGCACGGGCACGAACGCGUGCUAUGUGGAGCGUCUGGAGAACGUGGAACUGUGGGACGGUAGCUGGGAGGAACCGAAACAGGUCAUCGUCAACACCGAGUGGGGCGCGUUCGGCAGCAAGGGCGAGCUCGACCACGUGCUCACAGAGUACGACCGCGAGAUCGACCAGCACUCGAUCAACCCUGGACGUCAGGUGUUUGAGAAAAUGAUCAGCGGAAUGUACAUGGGAGAGCUGGUGCGGCUGGUACUGCAGCGACUGACCAAGAAGGGCCUGCUGUUCGGCGGCCUGGGCUCCGAGGAACUCGCAGAGAAGGGCAGCUUCUACACCAAAUACGUCACAGAGGUCGAGAGUGACGCGCCGGGCGACUACACCAACUGUCGGAUGGUGCUGGAGGAGCUCGGCCUGGACAAUGCCACGGACGAGGACUGUGAGAACGUCCGAUACGUUUGCGAGGUGGUCUCCAGGAGAGCGGCGUUCCUGGUGGGCACCGGUCUGGCGGUGCUGCUCAACAAGAUGAACCGGCCGUCGGUGACGGUCGGCGUGGACGGCUCCGUGUAUCGCUACCACCCGCACGUGCACCGGCUCAUGUGCGAACAGAUCAACCAGCUCAUCAACCCCGGCAUCCAGUUUGAGCUGAUGCUCUCGGAGGACGGCAGCGGACGUGGCGCCGCUCUGGUGGCCGCCGUCGCAAGUCGGACAAACUCAUGAAGCCCCAUUGAUGGUCCAAGUCUCGCUAUAACCUGGGUCACGGGCUGGCGGCGGCGGCCGGCCGAGCGGUGACAGGCCGGAGGGGCAGUCCACGAGGGAAUCUCAGCGGCCCGCUGAGCACGCGGCCACACACAGACACACAGACAUACAGACCGUCCGUCCGGGCCGGGGCCGCUCUCCAGUCCUCUGUCUCUCUGCCAUUCCACGAGGCGGCGCCGCUCAAGUGAGGUGACCGGCCGCUGCUGGGCGGAUCGGGACAGCGGCGGGGUACGCACGAGGGUCGGGACGGCGGCGGGUGGGGUAUGCACGAGGUCAGCCGCCCCGGCGAGGUGUGGCGCUGCCCUGGCAAUCGUGACGAGAUGAGAGGCCUUAGUUGCUUGUGCUGUUCUGUUGCAGCGCCCAUCACGUCGUGGUAUGGUCGUCGGGAAUAUGUCAAAUCAUGUGGUCAUACGAGCUACAAACGAGCGACGCAUGACGGAACUGCUAAGCGUAUUGAUUAUUGUUGUGAUUAUUGGAUAGUGGAUCUUCAGCUAUGGCAUGAAGAAUGUAAUUUUUCGUAGGUUUUAGACAUGAAUAAACUAUGAGAGUGAGGUGGCAGUGGCACGGUUCGAUAAAUAAUUAUAAUAUGCCUAGCAUUCGCCCGUCAGCACGCAUAGAUCAUUAUUUUAAGGAUGUGUUUAUUGAAUAAAGUGUACUCGAAGACAGGAGACGAGAGUAUACAUACAGUUUGAAUUAUGUACAGUUUUUCUCGUUCACCGUAUGAACGGAUAUGGUGGAAAUAAAUCGCCUUUAAACGUAUGCUAGAGGCGAAAUGGUC